CUUUCGUCACCAUUUCAUUUGAUUUGCUUUUAUCUCAACUUGUUUCCUUCGUUUUCUCUGUUCAAUCCUUCUUUCUAUCAUCUUCUGCGGCUACUCUCUGCACCUCAUCUCACAUCCCUUUACACAAAUCACCUCAUCCAUACAAGAUUCUCUUUCCUCACCCUUUCACAUUUGAUUUGAUUUUAUCCAACUUGUUCCUUCCACUGUUUGCCUGAUCAGUCCUUCUUCCCCAACUCCCUGCACCUCAUUUCGCUUCCCUUUACUCAAAAUCAGCUUAUUUCCACCAUUCUCCCCCUUUGUUUGAUAUCCUCAUCUGACUCAUUAGCUUCAUUUGUUUCUCGUCUCUUUAUUCUUGUUUGGCACCUAUUUAUUUCUCUAAACUCCCAAAAAAAAAAAAAAAUGGCCGAGGCUUGUAUUUGUGCGGUUUGUCAGAAUGCUGCUGGAGAUGUUGUUGGGAACUUGUUUAGUAAAAUUCUUUCUCUUGUAUCAGAUCCAAUCACUCUUGUGCUCAAGUGCAACAACAAUGUGGACAAUCUGAAGCAACAAGCUGAUGAGUUGAAGCUUAGAAAAGGGACUGCAGAUGACGAUGUUGAUGUUGUUCGCAGAGGAGGGAAAGAAAUCACACAAGAGCUCAAGAAUUGGUUGACUAGUGCCGACAGUCUCAUUGAAUUUGCGGACAAUUUAGCAGCUGAUGCGGAAGAAAAUGCCAAGAAGAAGUGUUUCUUUGGGCUGUGUCUCAAUCCCAUAUCUCGUUACCGACUCAGCAAAAAAGCCAAGGAGAAAUCAGAGGCUAUUGUUGAUCUUGUGGGAAAACCUUGUGUACUUAACCUCCCCAGUU